AUGCCCGAACCCGAGUGUAAAGAGGCUGUAACGACAGUCUCGGACUCCCCCAAAGUGAUAAAGGGAAAGGACGGGGAUGUAGUCAUUCUCGUUCCCCAGCCGACCGACGAUGCGGAGGAUCCGUUGAACUGGCCCAUGCACAAGAAGAUCCUCAUUUUCGCCUGCAUCGGUUUUGCUGGCUUCGCAGGACAGAUGGCCCCUAAUUCCAAUCAACUUACCUUUAUCCUCCAAACGAGCACCUACCACAACACCACAAAUGACAUGCUCAACACAGUUGCGGCGUCUCUCGCAGGCUGGGUUGUAGGCCCGUUCCUAUUCAUCCCCUUAGGAGCCGUGAUUGGACGCAGUUCUGUAGUCCUUUGGAGUCUUGUAGUUGUAUUCUUCUGUCAGAUCUGGGCCGCGAAAAUGGAUGGAGCCAACGACUAUAUCUCCUUCACAAUUUCCCGCGUAAUUUGCGGAUUAUUUGGGGGCAUCCCUUCAAGCCUUGGCGCAGGGUAUAUAGUUGAUAUGUUUUACUUGCAUCAGCGAGGGAAAGCGUUCGCGGUCUUUGAGGUCUUGAUCAUUUUCGCCGUUGUUGGUGGCGGCACUCUGGGAGGCUUUAUUGCGCAGAAUCUGCCCUGGACUUAUGACUUUUGGUGGACACUGGGACCUGUAGGUGCCGCUAUCUUAGGAGUCUUUCUCUUCGUCGAGGAUACAACUUUUAGCCGUCAGCCAGGAGCGGUCGUUCGCUCGCCCUUGCCAAAGUCAUGGAUUGCCAAUCGAAUUGCCACUUUCCUGCCUGGCACAAGGACGCAGCCUGCAGGUAAAGGUCCAGAAUUGAUCAAACGAGCCAUUAUACCCCUACAGAUUACUUUUGCCCCAAUCACCCUCCUCAUGGGCACAUACAUCUUCAUUGCACUGGGUCUCCCCAUUAUGCAAGCAUCGACAUUGGCAACGUACCUGCAACCGCCAACUGAAGUCGGAGGAUAUGGCUUCUCUUCACUCCAAACCGCCUUCUUCACCAUGACGGCUUGGGUUGGCAUGAUAGCCGCCCAAAUCUACGGAUAUCUCUUCAACGACAAGAUCCCCUUAUGGGUAGCUCGCACCCGAGGCGGAACCUGGAAGACGGAAUACCGGCUCGCAAACACGAUUCUGCCCUCAAUCCUCUUGCCGAUUGCCAUAGGUAUCUACGGCGCCGGUCUCCAAUAUCACUUGCAUUUCAUGGUCCUCGCCCUGGCUACAUUUCUGAUCUGGUUCGCGGCUCUGCUUGUGAUGCCGGUCUGUUAUAAUUAUAUUGUGGAAUGCUUCCUGCACAACCCCGUCGAGACAUCUGUGUCCCUGAAUGCCUAUCGUAUCUCGUUUGGACUCAUGUCUGUCUUUAUAUCAACGGACUGGCAGACUGCAAUGGGCGUUGGCUGGAUGUGGGGACUGGGCGCAUUUCUCAUCUUGCUCGCGGACGUUCUUAUGGUUGGCAUUAUUCUGAAGGGCCAUCUGGUGCGACAGUGGACUGCUCGGUUGAACAGUUCCAUCGCUUUCUCGGAAGACGGAGAGAGGAUUACUGCAAAAAUAGAAUCUGCUACGCCGUAG